AUCUGCCCUUUUGCUCUUAUAAUAUUUUUGGAGAAAAAAACAAUUGUCUAUGGCAUUUAAUUUACCAACAAAACAAUAUUUUUUCAUUUUAAUUAGAAAUUCAGAUUUAUCUUCUAUUUCUAUUAGGCAUUCUAUGCAGGUAUGGCAGCGGUUCUUAAGAAACGAGCACUAGCCGAAUACAAUAAGACCUUUCAGGAUGGCACAACCUCAAAGAAACUUCAUCUGGCGAAGAAACCCUUGAUCGGGAGUUCCGCAGCCGCGUUCGUUGGUCUUCUGGAGAAGUGCAAAUCGAGCGAUGAAGCUCUGCAGUUGUUGCUAAGGAUCUCCGACUGCCUUCAGUUCGAGGAGUCCGACGUGGAGGAAGCCUGCAAGAAGCUGUCGGAACACUUCCAGUCAGAAGAGGAAGCUGUAGUGCGAGUCAAGAUCCUUUGGCUAUUCUGUGACAUUGGUCUGGAAUGUCCAGGGGCCAACCUGAAUAAUCUCAUAGAAGAGACUAUUCGUCUCAUUAAAAAUGAGACUUCUCACAAGGUCAUAGCCCAAGGUAUUGGAACACUUUUAAAACUUGGCAACAAAUUGAGCGAGGACAAAAUAUUGUGUAUGCGUUUAGUGAAUGUAGCCAAAGAGAACCUGAAAGACACGAGUCACCAGGUGAAGUGUCGGUGCCUGCAGCUCAUCAGUGAGUUGUACCCUAUUGUGCCCGAGGGAGACCGCACUCUCGAGACGGUUGCAGAAGCUGAUGCUGUGGUCAAACUGCUUGGAGAUUAUACAAAUGCUGAUGAUGCUCGGGUCCGCUGUGAAGCAUUCCAGUCUCUACUGACAUUCCAUGAGCGGGGCCAGACCCUCAAUGCAUCUCUGUAUGAGGGUGUGUGUCCAUCUCUCUCAGACGACUAUGAAAUUGUACGAGAAGUAGCAUUAAAGCUGGUUUGGCUACUGGGGAAUAAAUAUCCUGAUAACAUAAUAACCCUAUCGGACGGCGAGACAACAAUGCGCCUGGUGGACGACGCGUUCAUCCGCAUCUGCUCGGCGGUGAGCGACCUGUCGAUGCAGGUGCGCGCGCUGGCCUGCUCGCUCAUGGGCGGCACGCGCCGCGUGUCCGACCGCUUCUUGCUGCAGACGCUGGACAAGCAGCUCAUGAGCAAUAUGAAGAAAAAGCGCACGCUCCACGAGCGCGGGCAACAACUCGUGCGCUCGGGCGCGUGGGCGAGCGGGCGGCGCUGGGCGGACGACGCGCCGGGCCGCCUGCUGCAGGGCGCCGCCGUGUGCCUGCUGCCGGGCGGGGCCGCCGGCGCCGUGGUGCACGGGCUGGAGGACGAGUUCUUGGAAGUCCGCACGGCUGCAGUUGACGCGGUCUGCUCCCUGUCCCUCGAGAACGCGGUAUUCGCCACGACGUCCCUGGACUUCCUCGUGGACAUGUUCAACGACGAGAUCGAGGAGGUCCGCCUCAGGGCCAUCGACAGCCUCACCAGGAUCUCCAAGCAUAUCGUGCUGCGGGAGGACCAGUUGGAGACCAUAUUAAGCGCUUUGGAGGACUACUCGAUGGACGUGCGCGAGGGGCUGCACCGCAUGCUGGGCGCGUGCACCGUGGCCUCCAAGACCUGCCUCGAGAUGUGCAUCGACAAGAUCCUCGAGAACCUCAAGAGGUACCCGCAGGACAAAAGGUCGACAUACCGUUGCGUGCAGCGCAUGGGCAGCUCCCACGCCUCCCUAGUCCUGCCGCUGGCUGCACGUCUGUUGGCUGUUCAUCCGUUCUUCGACAUGCCCGAGCCAGAUGUGGAGGACCCGGCGUACGUGUGCGUGCUAGUGCUAGUGACGAACGCGGCGGCGCGCUGCAGCACCAUGCUGCCGCUGCUGGAGCAGCAGGCCAAGCACUACUCGUGCCUGCGGGACACCAUGCCGCACCUCGUGCCGCCCCUGCCGCUCGGUGAGCACGCGUACCAGUCGGAGCGACGGAACGAGGCGGCGGCGGACGACUCGGCGCUGCGGCAGUUCUUCUCGCGCGUGCUGCGGCACAUCGACAACGCCGCGCUCUCCGCCGCGCUGCGCCUCAACAUGCUGCAGUCCGCCGAGGACCAGCUCAACAAGCUAUCGGAGAUGGAGCCGUCAGUGUGCGGCGCGGCCACGUUCACAGCUCUAUUCGCGCGCUCCGUGCUGGCGCUGCACGCCGCCACGCUCGCGGCGCCGCACUCGCUGCAGCAGCUCACCACCAACUGUCUCAGACUCCAACACCAGUUCUCCGGCGUCACCCCCACCGAAUCAGCCUGCGUGUGCGCACUAUCCCUGCGCGUGGCGGCGGCGCGGCUGUGCGCGGCCGUGGCGGCGGAGGAGGGGGCCGCGGGGGGCGCGGGGGCGGCGGGGGGAGCGCUGUCCGCCGCGCAUGCGCUCACGCAGCACGCGGAGACGCUGGAUAGACUGUUGGCGCAGGCUAGCAUGGAGCCGGACUCGUUCACGAUCGCGGUGUUCCAGCAGUUGUCUCUCAGCGCGGACAGCAAGCCGGGCGCGCUGGCGCGGGCCGUGCUGCCGCUGCUGCAAGCUGCGCCGCUGCCCGUCAUACCGAAGCCGAAUCUUAAUAUCCGCAUGUGCACGGCCACGAUCAUCGAGCCGGCCGUGGACAACGACACGGUCCUGCGCUUCUGCGCCGGGCUCGUCACGCACGUGGACCUCGAGGCCGAGGUGCUUCGCGUGCGGGACCCGAGCGCGCUGCGAGUGCGGGUGGCGUACCCGGACCGGAGGGUGCAUGCGCGCCCGCCGCCGCCUGACCAUCUGCGCCCGUUGGACCACCAGGCUACUAACGACGAGGGCACCCAGAACGUGCGCCUCCUCACCAAAGUGCUCAUUUCCCACGGCGUGUGGACGGAGCCGUGCGGCGUGGACAUCAGCGUGUGCCUCGCGGUGGAGGAGGGCCGGGACCAGGCCUCGUUCGUGGAGCUCGGCCGCCCCGUGCGGGUCACUGUGGCGCCCAAACCGAUCAAGAGGGGUAUUUGAACGCAAGGAGGUCGCAUGACGGUUCGUCGCGCUCAAAACGAUCAAGAGGGGUAUUUGAACGC